UCUUCAUUUGCUUUUCUCUAGUCUUCACUCUUCUGUUUCAUUUUCUGUAAUUUCGUUACCUAUGCAGCUUUUCAUGAACGAACUUGCAAUUAGAGUUUACCCAAAUCACUUUCCUUAAUUUCCAAAUCUGGGUUGUGUUUAGAAUUGAAUUACCACACAUAUAAUCAAUUGGGUUUGAUUAUAUUAUUUGAAAUGAGAAAUGGGCAAUGAAGUUUGGAUUGAAAAAAAUUGUUUGCUUUUUGGAAUAGAUAGCAAUGUCAAGGAGGCCAGGAAAUCCCACAAGACGCUUAUCUGACGGUGGAAGCCUCCCUUCUGGUGGAUCUGUACAGUCGAAAUCACGUUCGUCGCCUUUACUCUCUAUUGGUCUUGUGGUUGUGGGUGCAAUUCUUCUGAUCGUAUAUUGUUACAGUGGCUCAGGUAGACGUAUUAGUAGAAAAGAAGCUUUCAGCAAACUGGAAGGCACUGGCUCAUGCACAGUAGAAGUUCAAAGAGCAAUACCUAUUCUGAAGAAAACUUAUGGUAAUGGCAUGCAUAAAGUAUUGCACGUAGGUCCUGACACUUGUUCUGUAGUACUGAAAUUGUUGAAACAAGAAGAAACAGAAGCCUGGGGUGUGGAACCAUAUGACUUGGAUGAUGUGGAUGCCAAGUGCAAGAGUUUUGUGCGCAGAGGCUUUGUGCGUGCUGCGGAUAUCAAGUUUCCCCUGCCUUACCGGCCAAAUUCAUUUUCUCUUGUUAUAAUUUCAGAUGCAUUGGAUUACUUGACUCCAAGAUAUCUCAACAAAACUCUUCCUGAAUUGGCAAGGGUGUCUUCUGGUGGUGUUGUUAUAUUUUCUGGCUAUCCAGGUCAGAAUAAAGCAAAGGUUGCUGAAUUAUCUAAGUUCGGCCGCUCACAAGAUGCUGCUCAAGUGAAAAACCUAAUGACAAGCAUGAUACUGGAUUUGCAAUUUGCAAUUUGCAAUUCAGUAUCAAGAUCUAGAUUUCUAUAUUGGCAUAGCUUUUACUCAUCAAUCUUUGUUUUAUACACACAAGGUAUGUUUCAGAAGAAUGACUUUAAGUUACUGUUUUGAAGGCAAAAUUUCGGAGCUCGACAUGGUGGAUAAGGUAUUUUCUUCAGAAUAGCUUAGAAGUGAAUGAAGCUGCUUCAAAGAAGUUUGAGCAGGCUUUAGUAAAAAGGUCAUAUAAGCUGCUCUGCCAAGUUUUCCAUCUCAAGUCA